UAUUUUGCGCCUGCGCACUUGACUGAUGGUCUACGCGACGUACCUAAAAUCAUAUUGUGGAAAAUUUGAAGUUUGUUGUUUUAGUGACAACUUAUCCAUAAUUAUUUAUGAAAGCUUCGCGCUAAUUACCAUUCCAGGCGCGAGGCAGAAUAAUUCUGUAGCGGUCAGCCUGGAUGCGUUCAGUCACUACAAGUUCGAGCGGUGUACGGUAGCCAUCUUGGAUUCGAACAAAGCUUCAGAUGUGUAGUUUGUCUGUUUAUCAAUAAUUUUUGUGCAUUUCCCUGUAAAUAGUUUGUAUGUUUAGGAUAUGUAUGGAAUAUUCGUCCACAUGUGUAAAUAGCUAUGGCUGCUUCAAGAAAAUUACAAGGUGAGAUAGACAGGUGUUUAAAAAAGGUCACAGAGGGGGUGGAAACGUUUGAAGAUAUCUGGCAGAAAGUACACAAUGCGACGAACAGUAAUCAGAAGGAGAAAUAUGAGGCAGAUCUCAAGAAGGAGAUUAAAAAACUCCAGAGGCUACGAGAUCAAAUCAAGUCAUGGAUCGCUUCGGGCGAGAUUAAGGAUAAGAGUACACUUUUAGAAUAUAGGAAACUAAUUGAAACGCAAAUGGAAAGGUUUAAAGUAGUUGAACGAGAAACAAAAACCAAGGCAUACUCUAAGGAAGGACUGGGAGCUGCACAGAAGUUAGACCCCGCUCAGAAGGAGCGAGAGGAAAUGUCUUCGUGGCUCAUAUCCUCAAUUGACGCACUUAAUUUACAGAUUGAUCUUUUUGAGUCUGAAGUGGAAUCACUAUUAGUUGGUAAGAAGAAACGGUUGGACAAGGAGAAGCAGGAUCGUAUGGAAGAGCUCAAAUUUAAACUAGAGAGGCAUAGGUUCCAUAUAAAAAAACUUGAAACUCUUCUACGAAUGCUAGAUAACAUGUCUGUAGAAGUUGAACAGAUAAAGAGAAUAAAAGACGACGUAGAGUACUAUAUAGUAUCAUCGCUAGAGCCAGGGUUUGAGGAAAAUGACUAUAUCUAUGAAGAUAUUAACGGUUUAGACGAGAUUGAACUAAGUGGAGUAGGUUUGCCAUCAUCAGCGACCACGGAUAGUAAUAACAGUAAUGAUUCACCCGGAUCACCUACCAGCAUACUUUCAGGAACAAGUCCAAUCACAUCUCCGUCAUUAGACGUCAACCACACGAUGGAUUCAACGGACGUAGAGAAAAAGAAAAAAGAGGAUUUGGCAAAACCGGUCAAACCUCUGCCGCUGAGGGUGUCGUGCGUCAGUAGUAGUCCGGCUAACGUUAGCUUGCUCAAUAACUCCGCAACCAAUAGGUUAGUCCGAGGACUUUUAUAUUACAAAAAUGAGAACCAGAAUGGCCUGUAUCUAUAUAUAAACAAUACGGGCGCGUCAGGAGCUUCGACGCCCAGCAAACAACCAGCGCCGCCUUCGCCACACCUCACGCGCCCCAGCGAAGUAGUGGAGAAUGGGCCGGUGUCGGGCCCGGCGCUGCCGGCAGCGCUGCCAGCGCACGCCGUGCUCGCCGCGCACGCGCCUAAAGCGGAGGAGCAAGUCAGCCACCUGAUGACGUCAAAGAGCGCAUCGUCGACGACGCCCGCGUCGAGCGCGAGCGCGGCGACGUCGACGGUGGCGAGCGUGGUGACGAGCGCGCUCGCGUCCGGCGCGACGUCGCCGCUCACCGUCAACGUCAGCGUCAACGGGCCCUCGCACGCGCGCGCGCUCUCGCCGCCGCUCAUCGUCAACAACGGGCGAGUGAGCGAGACGCCGAGCACGCCCGCGCUGAGCUCCGGCGCGGGCGCGGUGGGCUCCACGGGCACCGCCUCGCUCAAGAGCAUGGCGCAGGAGGCCGUGCAGCGCGCCGGCCUCGACCACCACUCGCAGUCUGGUGUGAGUUUAUCGCGACGAGGACUAGCACUUUCACAGGCGCACAUCCCUCCGCUACUGGGAGUCGCGCCGCUUGGGCCUCUGCCGCUUAAUAAUGACCACCAGGUGCAGUUUCAGAUGAUGGAGGCGGCGUUCUACCACAUGCCGCACCCCUCAGACUCGGAACGGACCCGCGUCUACCUACCUAGGAACAUCUGCCAGACACCCGUCUACUACAACCAGGUGCUGCUACCACACUCGGACUCGGUGGAGUUCUUCCAGCGGCUGUCGACAGAGACUCUGUUCUUCGUGUUCUACUACAUGGAGGGCACGAAGGCACAGUACCUGGCCGCGAAGGCUUUAAAAAAGCAGAGCUGGCGCUUCCACACGAAGUACAUGAUGUGGUUCCAGAGACACGAGGAGCCCAAAGUCAUCAACGAGGAGUAUGAACAGGGCACAUACAUUUACUUCGAUUACGAGAAGUGGGGCCAGCGGAAGAAGGAGGGCUUCACGUUCGAGUACAAGUACUUAGAGGACCGCGACCUCAACUGAGGCCCGAAAACUAUCCGUCAUUCCCUCUCCGGGCCCCGCUCCCCGAACCAUUGUGAUAUCGAUAUAGGAACCCGGAGCGUACUCGGAUGCCGUGCGACCGUUUUAAUCGACUUUAUUGGACUUUUUAAGCGGCUUUAUAUAUUAUGUUAUAUAUAAUAUAAGAAUGUAAAUGUCCCACUAAAUAUUAAAUCAUGUUUUUAUAAUGUGGAAUCUCAUUUUUAUAAGAUUUUAUCGAGUCGUUGCAGAGACGCGCCACGCUUCGUCGCCUGGCGUCGGUCAUAUACUUACAUCGAAUGUGUAAAUUAAUGAAUAGGACAUAGUAUAUAUUAUUCAAAACACCACGGGAAUUAAUGUACCUAUCGGAAAGCAAUAUUAUAUAUAUUUAAGUAGUAAAUAAGAGUCCAAUAAUUUUUUAUGCUAGUCAUAGUAUUUCAACAAGGCAGAGUCGACGCCGGGUACGACGGAUGAAAUCGUUCGGAAAGACUAUCUCGUGAGAUGUCGAUUUAGAAAAAUUAAAUCCUACGUGUACUCGGCGGUCAGGUCGAGUCGGGUCGAUCCGAGAGCGCUUCGGGCGAUUUGUUUUAAAACUUGUUUAUAGCGACUGGUUUAGUUUGAAAGUAAUAUCGGCGACGGCGCGCGCGUGUACUGGGACACGACCUAGAGUGGCGACCGGAUGCCAGUAUUUGGUACGUCGGCCGCUUUUAUCUGAUCUCCUAAGAUUCUUCGAAUCUAAAAUUAUAAGUACAAAAAUUGAAUUUUUGUAUAAUAAAUUAACAGACAGGUUAAUCGAGCUCGGAAUGGGUAUGUUCAAGUGCCUCAAUAACUACCUGAAAAGUAUAGACUAAAGGGGUUGAAACCUGCCAAUUAACAGACCGUUGCUAACCGGAACACGGCCGUGCACCGCGCGCCACUCCAUAGUAGAGAUCUCCGCCGUGACGUCACCGCACACUCGCCGUCUUACAUCAGAGCAACUAGCGCGUUACUUCGUACUAGUGCAUUUAAAUCGAACUAAAUUUUAUACCAAAUUAUUCGAGCGUGUAUAUAAUCACUGCCAUGUGUAUUUUAUUUACGUGUAAACGUAUCGCGGAUCGAGAAAAGCAAACGAGUAGAACAGCCUGAAUGUACUUAUUUAAUUAGUGAUAUUUGAUGGGUUUGUGGAGUGUACACGAUGACGUCACCGCCGUUGACGAUCGGGGAGAUUAUUCCAUUUAGUGAGACCGUAGUGUGAUUCUGAGUCCUCGGUCGCGUCUAUUGCGCGGCCGCGGCGACGCGUCGGGCGACCGGUCGGCCAACCAGUCGGUCAACCGGUCGGCCCACCAGUCGGCCGAGCGGUCGAGCGGAGGCGAGCGGUAGAGCGCGCAAUCUCGUCGAUUCCGUGCGUGGUGUUGAUAGUUUUCAUUUUUGUAAAAAGUAUCGUGCGAGCAGAUGAAAUGUGGUAAAUAAUAAUAAUUUAAAAAAAUAUCUGUACAGUUCUAUUUGUAUAGAAAUAAUAAAUAACGAUUAAAAAUUAAAAACCAUGUUGUGAUUUCUUCUUAACGAUUAGUUUAAGUGCGUCGGUUUAGAGCGCCACCUCGUAUUGGGGCGGGCGCGUUUAUCGCAUUUCUUUUUCUUAUUUAUUUUAUAAUAUGAAAGAGAUGACUGUUUACUUUGUAGAAUAAAUUAUAAGAAAGCAUUUAAA